GUGUGCAUUUGUGAAUUGUAUGCUUUUUAUAAUUGCACAUGGGCCCUGUGGUUCUUUAAGAAUGACAAAAGCAAAACUUGGCAAGCGAAUCUCCGUCUGAUCUCCAAAUUUGAUACAGUUGAAGAUUUCUGGGUCCUUUAUAAUCAUAUUCAGCUGUCAAGCAAUUUAAUGUCUGGCUGCGACUACUCACUUUUCAAGGAUUGGAUUGAGCCCAUGUGGGAAGAUGAAAGAAAUAAACAAGGAGGAAGAUGGCUUAUUACUCUUACAAAACAGCAAAGACGAUCUGACUUGGAUAAAUUCUGGCUAGAAACUCUGCUUUGCCUCGUAGGUGAAGCUUUUGAUGACCAUAGUGAUGAUGUAUGUGGAGCAGUAGUCAAUAUUAGAACAAAAGGAGAUAAAAUAGCAAUAUGGACAACUGACUAUGAAAAUAAGGAUGCCAUUACACAUAUAGGGCAAGUCUACAAGGAAAGGUUAGGAGUCCCACAAAAGGUGAUUAUUGGCUACCAGUCUCACGCAGACACUGCCACUAAAAGUGGCUCCACUACAAAGAACACAUUUGUCGUUUAA